CGCGUCUCCCUCCGCAGACCUGAGCAGAUCAGAGACAGAGAGAGAGAGACACACACAGAGACAAACACAGAGCCGGCCUGCACAGAGGAGUCCGUAGAGAUGAUGGCAGCAGUGAAGACCCCGCGGCUCCUCCACCCUCAGCCCCUGCUCUCCCGGUCACGGACCCCCCGCUCCUCGGCCGGAGCUCCGCUCAGCCAGGCCGCUCCGCAGCGGCGGACAGAAUGAGGGACACGCGCCGCCGCCGCCGCCGGCUUCGUCGCUGCUUUCUCGGGAAGCAAUGACGGUUGAGGUUUUUCUCUCGUUCGUUUGUUGUUGUUUUUUCACUGCUCAUGGCUUCGGUUUUUCGGUGAACUGUUGUUUAGCGGUAGGUCGUAGGCUGCGCGCCGCCCUGUGUGACAGAGAUGGUCUGAUAGAGUGAGAAGAGAAGAGAAGAGGAGAGAAGAGAAGAGAAAGGUGUCGGCGGUGCGCUCUGAGGGCAAACAGCCUUUAUUUCUGUCCGUUUCUCAGGCUAACUAGCUAAUGUAUCUGUGGCGGACUGCAGCGAGGAGGCAUGAAAUCCAGAUAGUGGACACGGGGGGCGUCUUCAGCGCGCAGCAUCUGCUCCACGUCUGAUUUCAUAGCCGUAGUUAGUUAGCUCAGCGUGUUUAAUAUGCCUUGUAACAUACGUGUGGUUUGUAGUGACCGCGUUAGCCCGCACUGCUCGUCCCUCAGCCUAGAGAGUAGCUCUUAGAGAGCCUACCGUAGCCGGCUAUAGGUAGAUUACAGUGGCCUGAUAUGAGGGAAGCGACAGGCAUAAAGCCUACAUGUUGACAUAACAUGUUAACAUUUCGUCGUUAUUUAUUUAUUUAUUGAUUAUAUAUAUACUAUAAUUAGGCCUAUUAGUAGUAAUAGUAAUUUGUACUAUUAUUGAUAUUUUGAAAGAGAAACUAGUUCAGAAAGACAUUUAAUCAAGGAGAAGGAGAGAGAGGAAGGAGGAGGAGGAGAAGGGGGGGUUUCUUAAUCGAUCUCCCCGCUGGUUGGUGAUGGAUGUCUGUGCCUCCUCGCCUCAGCGGCAGUGCCGCUCUCAGGGCGCAGUGCUUCAGCCUUCAGCGGGCGGGCCGAGCGGGGAGCAGCCGCUCUCUGCUUCGCCGCCGUCUCACUCCGCGGAGGGCAGACGGGGCUCCGGCGUGAAGAAACACCACCACAAGCACAACCUGAAGCACCGCUACGAGCUGCUGGAGACGCUGGGGAGGGGCACGUACGGCAAAGUGAAGAAGGCCAUCGAGAGGCACUCCGGCAGAGAGGUUGCUAUAAAGUCGAUCAGGAAGGAAAAGAUCAAGGAUGAACAGGAUAUGGUUCACAUCCGUCGGGAGAUUGAGAUCAUGUCGUCACUCAGACACCCCCACAUUAUCUCUAUUUAUGAAGUGUUCGAGAAUAAGGACAAGAUUGUGAUCGUGAUGGAGUAUGCAAGUAAGGGGGAGCUAUAUGACUACAUCAGUGAGCGUCGGCGUUUAACGGAAAGAGAGACACGACACUUCUUCAGACAGAUUGUCUCUGCUGUGCACUACUGCCACAAGAAUGGAGUUGUGCAUAGGGAUCUGAAACUGGAAAAUGUGCUACUGGAUGAGAACUGUAACAUAAAGAUUGCUGACUUUGGCCUGUCCAACCUGUACCAUAAGGACAAACUCUUGCAGACGUUCUGUGGCAGCCCGCUGUAUGCGUCUCCAGAGAUUGUCAAUGGAAGACCUUAUCGGGGCCCUGAGGUGGACAGUUGGGCGCUGGGAGUGCUGCUUUAUACUCUGGUCUAUGGUACGAUGCCAUUUGAUGGGGGCGAUCACAAAAACCUCAUUCGCCAAAUCAGCAAUGGAGAAUACAGAGAACCCACCCAGUCAUCAGAUGCGCGUGGUCUAAUUCGCUGGAUGCUGAUGGUGAACCCCGACAGACGGGCUACGGUGGAGGAUAUUGCAAAUCACUGGUGGGUGAACUGGGGUUGGAAGAGCAGUGUGUGUGACUGCGAGACCCAACGUGACACUGGCUCACCCAUGCUGGCACGCCUAAUCGACUGGCAGAGUCGGACAGAGCCACGAGCAGCCAAAGGUGCCCGGCCUGAACCACUCCUGCUGGUCCGCCAGCGGCUGAAGAAAUCCAAGAAGGAGAACGAUGGUGGGAUGCCCCACUGUAAAGGCGAUGACAACCUGGGCCUAAAGAGACCUAAAGGAAUCCUGAAGACACGGCCUUCAGAUGAGCAGCGCUCUCCCAGCCUGGAGGACAUCGAGCUGGUCCCUGCGACAAAAGAAGCAGAGAAGGAGUCGGGAUCUGCUGCUGGCCGAGAAGAAGAGGAGCCCACACUGACGGGAGGCUCUCCAGCAAAGAUGGUGCCUGUCUUGCCUAAGAAGGGCAUCCUGAAGAACAAUCAGCAACGGGAAUCAGGGUACUAUUCUUCUCCAGAGCGCAGCGAGUCCUCCGACCUCUUAGGUGGCAGCAUAACUCCACUCGUUGCCAGCUCACCACCGAAACGUGCCGUAGGUAGGAAGGGCAUUCUGAAACGUAAUGGCAAAUUCUCCACCUACAGCGCCAUGCCUUCCAUGAGCGUUCUCGGGGAGCCGCCGUCUGCUGAUUCGGGGUUGUCACGCAGCCAGAGCCGCCCGUCCAGCAUCGUGGGUGAAGACAGCAGUGUCCUAACCAACAGUUCCUUCAGUGGAGUGGACUGGCCUCCCAUCGCCCCGCGGCCCAACAUCAGAGGCUGUGUGUCUGCGGAGAACCUGCUCCAACUGGCCAACUUCAAAGGGCUCCAAACGGCUCCGCCCCUGCACGGAGGGAAAUUUGGACGAGCCGCUCCAGGGCAGGGCUCUCCUGGGGACAACAGCAGCUUCUCCCUGCUUGGAGACCUGGAUGACAUGACUCAGGUGUACCAGCAAGCCCUGGACAUCAGCAGCAACCUGUCGUAGAGAGAUAGAAGACAGAAAGAAAGAGGAGGCAGAGAGGAAUAUGUGUGGGUGUGUUUGCUUCGUGUAUCUCUGACGACCAGUGUGAUGCUGGGAUAAUCUGAUCAGGAAGCUGACCUUAUUUAAUUGGGUUUAUACACUACCAAACACUACAAUCACACCAGUGCCAGCUUAGUAAAGUAAGUCUCCAAUAGGUAAAGUGAUGGGUAAAGUUAGUUACUCCUGCCUGCCCUCAACUUUCACGAAGACCAGUGCUGAGUUCAAAUGUUUACAUGUUAAAGCAUAAGGUGAGUUAGAAUCACACAUAGACACCACACAGUGGAAGGCUCUUAAAAUGAAAAAAAAAAAACAAAGGAGCCAAGCUGAGUUUACAAAAGCACCUUAAAACUCACAUAGAGCACAUGUUGUGAUCUUUACUUCCUGUAAAAAAAGAAAAAGAAAACCAGGGUCUUGCUCAAAAAGAACUGUCAGUGUCAUUUAUUUAUUAAUAUUUUGCGUAGAGUUAGCGAUACAGAACUGGUGUGGUCUGGCUGUACUGGAAGAGUGGGAAUCUCAGUCUCUCCUUUAACUCAAAUGGAACUGACAUAUAUAAUUAUUAUGCUAUUUAAUUAGUUAUUAAUCAUUAAGACUUCAUACAUGAGACAUGAGGCCUCAUAUAUAUCAUGACAAACUCUUACUGGUCUUAUAUCUAGACUCAUAUGUAUGGGAAUAUGUAGGAAGUGCCUUUUUUAAUUCAUAUGGAAUUAUGUAUGUCAUUUCCUCAAAGUGGAGAGAGAUGCCGGGUGGAGCCAUCACCAGAUGUGCUGUUGUGUUUUGAAUUGAAUGUUAAGAGACCCAGGACCUCAAAGUGCAAAGCCUUUUCUACAGGCACAUUUGCCCACCACUUCUUAGAGGUUACUAUUAGCUUUACUGGUCGUUUUUUCAGUCACUGUUGUGUGAUGAGGGUUUUUUGUUUCACGCUUUACUUAAAGGUUGACGAUUCUGCUGAUCCUACAUGAAGAUGAAAGGGCAGCUUGUAAAGCUGCUAACCCGUUCUGACCUCUCUGAAUCCUUCACACAAUGACUUUGUUUCUGUCUGUUCUGCUGCCUAGUCUAAGGUUUUAUCCUCAAAGGCUUUAAAAGGCCUGCCCGUGUCUGACUGACUCUUAGAAGAGUGCUUGUGUAUUAUUUUUACUCUCUGGGUUUUUGCCUGUGUGGUUUCUUGAUUGAACUGAAUUGCUUUUUAAGCCCUCUGGACAUCUUCACCUUAGCAGGCAGAUUUUUCUUUGUUUUCUGUUUUUUAAACACAAGGUAACACUUUCAGAUGCACUCUCAGUUCCCAGGAAUGCAACAGGCUAAAACAGGCAGUUUAGAUAUGUCCACUGUUUUUCCUGGAGAGCUGAAGUCACUCGUUGUUUAUAUCUACUUAUGUCCACUCAGAAAAGCACAGCUUACUGAUUGACCAGUAUGGAGAGUAACUGAUCACACUACGUGAACUCAUAAAAUCGCUCAGUUUGCCGUGAGCUCUGGAGCACUGAGCCCAUGGAGGAGUAAAAAAAAAAAAGUAGGCAAACAUAAUUGUUUUCAAAACAGUGGUGAUCCAGCAAAUUCCAAAGGCUCUUCGCAGUGGCACGUUUGUACUAGAUCUUGUUUGAAUGUAAAGACUCUUUGCUGCAAUACAUACUUAAAUGAGUGGGGCCUUCACUCUCACCAUUGCUCUUAACCUAGUAUAGUGUUAGUUUGAUUGUUAGCUGUAGCCUUAACGUUGUACUGAGAUUCCAUAGAAUUUGUUGUAGAAGGUAUGUGAGUGUAGAUGUUGGGCAGAUUUAGGUGGAUUUAGAAAACGAUGUUAGUGGUAGGUACGAAUGGUAGGUGUGAUACUUUUCCAGUAAGUGGGUUUUGUGAAUGAUAUACUGGAAAUAGGUGGCAGCUGUUAUACUGCUGUGAAUUGAGAAAGAUGAUUGUAAGUCUUGACGUAGCAUGAUGGAGUAGGUAGAAAUUAAGAAAGUAAAUGGGAAGUGUGGUUUUUUUUGUUGUUUUUUUUUUUGUGGAUCCAGAUGACUGAAAGAGAAAGUUCUUGUGAAUAAGUCAGCAUUUUUCACAUGGCAGAGAUUGUUCCUCAGUUCCUGUUUGUUCACCCCCAGCAAAGGCCCAUCAUCUCUAACAAUUAAUUGCAGGAGGACAGCUUAAAUAGAUCAGUCUCCAAAACCACAAUUCAGUUUCAGUCCCCAAAUCAACAAACUAAUUGACAUCUUUGGAACAUAUGAAGGCAGUUUGUGCAACAGAGGUCCUGGGUACAGAGAAAAAUGAGACACCCUUUGUGUAUCGUAUUGUAUUGCAUUUUUGUAUUGCAUUGUCUUGUCAACUGGAUUCACAGUGAAGAAAUUAUACUAUGUUAGUAUUUCAUUUUAUUAUGCUUCAGUUUUUGAUUCUCCAAAAUAUUGAACCUUUAUCAUUUUAUUUUAUUUUGCUUUAUUUUAUGUUAUUUUAUUUUAUUUUAUGGCAGAAAUAUGGAUGUGGUAGUCACUGAUCUAACUGGGGCCGAAAUAUCUGAAACGUCUCAUAGUAAGAGUGCUAGUCUGACACCUUGUCCCUGUUCAUAUACAGUAAUUAAGUUUACUAGUAUAUAAGUACUAGAGGCAAACACUGAUCCCAAAGCAUUCAUACUCUGAUGCCUACAGCCCCCUCAUCCUAGUGCUGAGCAGAUAGUGGACAGUGUUCAGCAGCCGAGUGGAGGUACUCUAAGCUAGCUAGGUGUGUUCUCACUGACACAACAGGCAAAUUUCAGCAGCUCCUUCAUUCUGGAGCUACUAUUCCAAAGAUCUCAGAAUCCACCUUAAGUGGUCUAAUCCCACAUCGAGGUUCAGUUCAGGCUUAUUGGUCUCCAUUGCUGACGAACACUGAGCACACUGUAAAUCACCCUAAAGUGCCAUUGUGCUGUGACGGGUGGUCAGCACGCAGUUCACCUUCACCACAGAGUGGUAACAAAGAAAGGACGAACAUGAAGCCACACAAGAAUAGAUGAAUUGAUGAGCUGCAAACAUGCUUUCUGCCAAACUGGAAUUAACUGGUGCAUAUCUGUUAGUUAGCAGAAAGUCUACUUAUAGGAAAACUUGACUGGAUAUUGUUACUGACAAUAAAAAAGAUAGUAUUAUUAUGUUAUUUAAGUAUUAUUUUUUGAUUAUUUUUGUUAUGAUUCAUUACUAUUGUUGGCCAAAGCCACAAUAAUCAUUUUAUUUUUGGCCUUAUUGAUUUAAAAAACCUGUACUGCCGAGGUGGUUUUUGUUUCAGUGCCUUUGCUAUCUUUCAUGAUCAUGUUUAAUUUUUUGAUAAGGAUAACAGUUGUGUUUUUAUACUCUAUUUAUUGGUGGUGAAGCCAUUUUGCUUGAUGUAACGCCACUCUAUGCCUCGCCUAAGACUAUGUGGGGUGAAUAUAUUUAGAUAUAAAUUGUGAUGACAUGGGGGGAAAGAGAGAGAGAGAGAGAGAGAGAGAGAGAGAGAGAGAGAGAGAGAGAGAGAGCAUGGGCUGUAGUUACAUCAUUGUGUUGUACAGGCUUUGGUUGACUGUUUGUUUGAGGCGCUGAUGCUUGUGUUUAGAUGGUAAAGUUGAAAGUGGUAAGUGGUCAGCAUCUCUUAUGUAUGGCAAAACCAAGCCACUGUAAAACCAGCUCAAUAAAUGGAUCAUUUCAGAGCA